AUGUUCCAGAUGGAAACCUCAAGUGCUGUUUCUAUCAUCGGUGCUGGCCCAGUGGGGCUGUACACUGCUCUCUUGUUGGGCCAGGCAGGCAUCGAGACUCACGUUUUCGAGCGCGAAGCAUUUGUUCUACAAACACCAAGAGCUGCUGCAUAUUUCCCCAUCACUCUGAAUGAGUUCGAGAAAAGUGGAAUCCUCGAUGACGUGGUAAAUGCUGGAUUUAAAAACACCGUCGGUGUUUCAUGGAGAAAACCAAAAUGUGGCGGCGUUCUAGCUUAUCUGGGCGCUGGCGACAGCUUUGCUAUACACCUAGGACAGCACGAGCUGGCAGACAUUAUCCUGAAGCACUUAGAAAAGUGCGCCAGCGUGACCGUCUGCUGGAAUACGGCCUUUGACAGGAUGGAAGAACUAGAAGGCACAGGUCAAGUAAAGAUAAUGCUUUCCCAUGGAGCCGAUAGAGUACAACAAACGCACGUCUCUCAGUAUGUAGUGGGGGCCGACGGCGGAAAAAGCGCGGUAAGGAAAAUGCUCGACAUCCCCCUCGAGGGUUUCACUUGGAAGGAUUUCACCAUCAUUGCCGCAAACAUUGAGUAUGACCUGGAGAACCAAUCAGACUGGGGUCCCGCCAGUUACGUCGUGGACCCGAAUCUCUGGGCCGUUGUCGCAAAAACCGGCAAAGGGUGCAACUGGCGGGUCGCGACUGGAGAGAAGAUCGUCGCUGGUGCAACGGAGGAUACUUGGGACGAGGCGGAAGGGACGGAGCGAAUGCGACGGAGGAUAGAGGCCAUAUUGCCUGGUGACAUCGACAAGGUGAAGAUCGUCAAGAUAUCGCCUUACAGUAUGCAUCAGCGGUGUGUCUCAACCUUCAGGAAAGGGAGGGUCGUGCUGGCAGGAGACGCCGCUCAUCUUACGAAUCCUGUCGGUGGCCUCGGGCUGACCACAGGAAUCUUGGACGCCGCGUUCCUCGGCCACCUGUUGAAACGAAUACUGCUGGAGGGUGAGUCGGACGCUUUGCUCGACACCUACGCCGCAAAGCGCCGGGAGGCGUUUAUCGAACACACCAGUCCCAUGGCUACGGCGAACCGUCUCCGGCUGUCGGGAACAGAACCCGAGGUCGUAACGGAGAGAGAGCAUUACUUCAAAAGUAUCAACAAUAUGGACAUGGACUUCUUGAUAAAUAUGGUGGACUCGGAAAACAAAAUCUCGUCAACGAUAAAUCUGUAG